CCCUGUUCAGAUAACUCGGCCAGCCAGAUCUCCCUUCUAGGAUGCUUCAGGGCACCUCAAGCCUCCUGCUGUUUCUUUGGGCCAAGGUAGCAUCAUCCACGUGGUAUGAAGGAUCCGGCUAUGCUGCUGCAGAAAGGCAGACCAAUGAAGUGUACAUCGAGGAAACUCAACACGUUUCUCCCCCAGAGUACAGAGUGCCCCAGUGGUGUCACCGAUUAAAUAUUCAAAAUGGGGAGGCUACCUGCUACUCUCCCCGUGGAGGAAAUUACCCCAGCAGCAUGGGGACACGCUGUGAGCUUUCCUGCCACCGGGGAUACCGCUUAGUCGGUCGGAGGUCCGUCCAGUGCUUGCUAAACCGCCGUUGGUCUGGGAUGACCUACUGCCGACAGAUCCGAUGCCAUACUUUGCCACUACCAUAUCAUGGUUCUUACCAGUGCUCAAAUGGGGUGAAGCUCGACUCCUACUGUUCCUACACCUGCCAGCAGGGAUACCACCUGGAAGGAGAUCGUAGGCGCAUGUGCCUCGAGGACGGGCACUGGAGCGGCAGUGACCCAAUCUGUGUAGAUAUCGACCCUCCAAAAAUCAGGUGCCCUGACUCUCGAGAACGAAUAGCAGAGCCCGACAAACUGACGGCCACGGUGUACUGGGACCCCCCACGGGCCACAGAUUCUGCGGACGGCGUAAUCAAACACGUGACUCUCCGAGGCCCAGAACCAGGCUCUGAGUUUCCAGAAGGGGAGCACGUGAUCCGCUACACCGUCUAUGACCAGGCACACAACCGAGCCACCUGCAAGUUUGCUGUGAGGGUCCAAGUGAUCCGCUGUCCCGUCCUGAAGCCACCAGAGCAUGGUUACCUCACCUGUACCUCAGCGGGCAACAACUACGGAGCCACCUGCGAAUAUCAUUGCGACGGCGGCUAUGAGCAGCAGGGCGCCCCCUUGCGGGUCUGUCAGUCCAGCCGCCAGUGGUCAGGCUCUCAGCCUACUUGCACACCCAUGCGGAUCAACGCAGACGUGAACUCUGUAGCCGGCCUCAUGGACCAGUUCUACGAGAAGCGCCGGUUGCUCAUCAUCUCUGCUCCUGACCCCUCCGACCGGAACUACAAGAUGCAGAACGCCAUCUUGCAGCAAGCCACCUGCGGCCUGGAUUUGCGUCACAUCACGAUCAUCGAGCUGGUGGGGCUGCCCCCCCACGAGGUGGGGCGAAUCCACGAACACCAGCUGUCGGACAACGUCGUCGAAGGGCUCAGGCAGCUCCUGCAUAUCACCCGUUCGCGCUUCAACAUGGUGUUUGUUGACAAAGACGGCAUGGACCGCGACCGCUACAUCCAGCCUGUUACACCCGAGGAGCUCUUUUCUUUGGUCGAUACCUACCUGCUAACCAGCCAGGAAGAACUCCGGAGGGAGCAGAACAGGGACCUGUGUGACUGA